AUGGUGAUAUGUAUAUGCGCACAUAAUUUCCGAAACUGUUGCAGAGUCGGCACCGCCACACGGUUCGCGCGCGGCUUCGCCUUCGCGUGCCUCAUUGCCGCAAGGCUUGCAGGUGUGUCGCAGCUCAGGUAUGAGGUCCCUGGCUACGGGACGGCGACCUUCGACCUGAAGCACGAGAAGGCCGCGGGCGACCGCGAGCCGGUGCAGGCGGCGGAGCGCUCGUUCGUCGAGCGCACCGCGCCGCGGAAGGAGGAGCUGACGGAGGAGCAGAAGGAUGCUCGGGCCGCGGCUCGCAGGGCCAAAAAGGCCCGGCAGAAGGCGAACAAGGCGGAGAAGGCUGCGGCGGCGGCUGCGAGCGAGGCUGAGCGUGCGGACUGCCCGCACGCGCAGCUGCGCGAGAACGUCGAGUUCGUCAUGGACGGCCUGGAGGCUGCGACGCAGGCGGCGCGCAACCCAGCGGGGUCCAAUAUUCAGGUCGCCUACUCGCUGCCUCCCGAGGGGGGCAGCGGGUUCGGCGACCUGGUGUGUACGCCACGGUUCGCGACGGGCGAGACGCCCCGCUCGACGACCUCCGCCUCCGAGGCGGACGAGGGCGACGGCGCCGGCGGCGAUGGCGGGACCGGCUUCGACCUGUUCGGGCCGGACCCCACCCCCAUGGAGGACCUUUGA